GGUUCCGCUUUUUGGCAGAGUCCAUUACAAAAAGAUGCGCGUUUCGGGGUAGACGGAAACAAAGGCGAGAAGAUGUGAGAAAGACGAUACGAUUCGAUCGCAGCAUGAGAGAGAAGAGAGAUGAAGUAUGGUGAAAGGCCCCUGGCGUUCCUAUGAUGGAAGGGUUGGGAAAGGAGAAAACCAAAUGUGGCUCUAGACCCAUUCCAUGGCUCAUUCACCCCAAAACGGAAACCUCCAGCCUGCUAUGGAAGCUAAAAGACUGCUUUGCCUCAAAUGAGACGACUUUCCCACAUCUGUCAAACAAAGACAAUAACCACAUGGACAACAGAGAGGCUGUUGUGGAACUGAAGGAUGUCCCUCCUCCUCCGCACCACUCUCCCCCCUCCCAGUUAUCCCAAUCCUUUCCUCUGGCACCUCGCUCUUUGCCUCCUCCCUGCUUGCUGCCACCUCCUCAUCUUGAACAAGAUUCCCACCAAAAACAGCCCCUACCAAUGCAGCAACAAGAGGGGCUUAGCCCUAAAGUAAGCAUUUGCUCCCACUGUGACUACUGCAGCACAGAUGGCUAUGGMUUGUUGGGUAGCAGGGGUAGCAGCAGCGUUGGUACCUUUCACACAGCCCCAAGUUGUUCAGGAGGGCCUGUCACUAGCAGCAAUAGUAGCAGGUUUGAGUCAUGUUCUGUAGCCUCAUCUGUUUAUCAGUACAACCAUAACCUGAGCUGUGGUAAUGGAACCAAAGCGACUGAUUCUUUACUCAGUCUUGGUUUCAAACCUCAGCYGCCCUCUUCUGUUGCUACCUGUCAGCCGCUUUCAUCACACCCCUACUUCCCCUGCUGCRCGGGGCUUGGCCACAGCUGCUCAGCUGUGCCUCCGUCAUGCAGUCAGCCUGGCACAUUUCCCUCUCCUGCACCCCUGGCUUCCUCUGUCUCCUUCCCACCCUCUCCCUUGCAGGGGUCUUCUGAUUGUAACACUUGUGGUGUGGACUGCAAGCCGUCACUCAGAAGGUCUCAGAGAAGCGUACCCGGUGAUCACCCAACCACCACAACCGUUACUACUUCAACCACCUCGGCACACUGCUGCUCUAAUUCUUUGCAACUAAAUAUUGAACGCACUGUUUUUGGGAAAGGGGCAUGCGUCUGUCAGAAGURCUUGUUAAAGCCCAAGACUGAUUUCUCUUCAGASUCUGUAGUGUGGUCCAAUGUUCCUAUCCCUCAGGCAGCUCCUGUCCCAAUGUGUAAUGGCUGUGGCACAUCCUCUGGUAACAUAGCGCUGAUGCCAUCCACCACAGUUGGGAAAACUGGCYAUAAAUAUGGUUCUUCAGAGAACAGUGGUCCAGAGAACAUUCCACCAGUCGGUGUGUUUUGGGACAUUGAAAACUGCAGCGUACCCAGUGGGCGCUCGGCUGAAGCCGUGGUCCAACAUAUUCGCACCAGAUUCUUUCAGGGACACCGCGAAGCUGAAUUUAUUUGUGUCUGCGACAUCAGCAAGGAGAGCAAAGCAGUCAUCCAGGAGCUCAACAACUGCCAGGUUACAGUUGCACAUAUUAACGCCACAGCCAAGAAUGCUGCAGAUGACAAGCUUCGUCAGAGUUUGAGGCGCUUYGCUGAGACCCACACUGCGCCUGCGACUGUUGUGUUAGUGUCCUCGGAUGUGAAUUUUGCCAGCGAGCUGAGCGACCUGCGUCAUCGCCACGGGUUCCAGAUCAUUCUUGUCCACGGCAGCCAUACGUCUUCAGCUCUGCUGCAGCACGCCCACCGUCACGUGGCCUUUCAAGAGAUUACAGCUGACCUGCCACAGCGUACGCUUGUGAAACCACAGCCCAGUUUCAACCUGCUCUAUGUGCACAACCUUCCCACCAUCUGUGAUAAGAGCCUGCGGAAAUCUGUGAAGCUCAGGCUCCGUCGCCUCUCGGACAACUGCGGGGGCAAGGUGCUCGGCAUGUCCCAGGGCAUGGCGGUCCUGCGCUUCGGCAGCCCCGCGGCGGCCGCACGCGCCCGCAAGAGAAUGGAAAACGAGGAUGUGUUUGGCCAUCGAAUCAGCCUCUCUUUCUCCCCAAGACCCCGAAACGAAGCAAGUCCCGAMGUUGAGCUACAGUCUCAACCCCGCCCCUUGCCUCAACCCAAACCCCAGACUUUUCAAACCCUUCCCUCUCCCGUGCCAUCUUUCUCAUUUUUGCCUCUGGAGAGCCCCAGGUCRCCUAGAAGGCCACGGCGAGCUUCACGCCCAUGCCCCACCUCUGGCGCUUUGCCGGAGAAGCCCUGCAGCCCCAGGAGGGGGUCCAGUGGGCCUCCUGGUGGUGCUCCAGCCCAACCCCAUCAGAAGCCAGGUCAUGUUGAAACCAAGUCCAGAAUGGGCCUGCACCCUCUGGACAGAGGACGGGCUGCUUCGUCGUCACCUCACAGUGUUAAUGAAAGAGGCGCUCUGGAGCAGCUGCCUCAGCCUGGCCUCAGAGGAGAAUCCAUAUACAGUAAGAGAGAGGGUUCCAGUCCUCGGAGCGUGACCCCGUUGUCUGCCAUGCAGAGGAACAGGAGCUCAGGGGAGUUCAACAUCAGCACACCCUCAGCCUUCAGCAAGCUAAACCUGCACAUGAGCUUCAGUCCUCUCAUCAUGUCUCAGGGCUCCUGGUCUUCCAGGAGUGGAUCCCCCUGUCUGUCCAGCCGUUCCUCACCUCUGCUCGCCACCCCUCGUGGCUCUUGCCCUGWAGGCUCUUCUGAGCCUUUCUCAGAUGGGGCAGAGAUCCAGGUGGCCAACCUUGACUACAGAAUGUCUCGCAAAGAACUGCAGCAGACGCUGCACGACACUUUCUCUCGAUACGGGCUGGUGAAAGCUGUCGAGCUGAGCCCCCACACUGAUUAUCAGCUGAAGGCCACAGUUCACAUGUUGUUCCUGCAGGAAGCCAUUAGCGCUGUCAGUGGUUUACACCGUUACAAGAUCGGAGGCAAACGCAUUCAGGCGUCUCUGAUCACCGGUGGAAACAACAAAUCUCUUUCCAUGCUCAGCACAGAGAUCAUCUGCAUUCUUCAGGAUGCACCAGCAAACUGCCUCCCUUUGUUUAAGCUCACUGAGAUCUAUGAGAAAAAGUACGCCCGUAAACUUGCCAUCAGCGAUUUGUACAGGCUGCCAGAUGUGCUUUCAGUGAGGGAACAGGGGGGCUCCAGGCUCGCGUGCCUCUUGACCAGCAACCAAAUUCGCCAGAGCCCGCUCGGGUCCUCUCAGUCCCAGGAAGGCUCCUCCUCAGCGAGUGGGAGUCCUGUUGUGUUCGAAGAGCUGGAGUACCAUGAGCCUGUCUGCCGACAGCAUUACGCACAGCAAAACUUCAGCGAGGCUCACUUUGACCCCGACUCUUAUAAAAUCCCCUUUGUUGUGACAUCACUGAGCAGUUUAACCUCUGAGGUCCACAGUCUGUUGGAGUCACACGAGGGCACUCUUCCUCUACUCAGUUUUCCAGACUGCUAUGCAGCAAAGUUUAACCCUUUGCCRGUUGGAAAUGAGACACUGGAGGGUGCCGUUUCUCUGGAGCAUCUGAUAACCUGCAUUCCCAGCAUUUCUGUUGUCACCGCUCAGAACGGCUUUAAAGUCAUCAAGUGGAUCCACAACAAACCAGCUUCACAGAACUCUGAGCCUUGGAUUCAACGCUGCAAGAGUCCAGUUGGUAAUCCACAACUCAUCCAGUUCAGCAGAGAAGUUAUUGACUUGUUAAAGAGCCAGCCGAACUGCAUCAUGCCCAUCAGCAAGUUCAUCCCUUCAUAUCACCAUUACUUUGCCAAGCAGUGCCGYGUCUCUGACUACGGCUUCUCCAAGCUGCUGGAGCUUCUGGAGGCCGUCCCACACGUCCUGCAGAUACUGGGCAUGGGAACRAAGCGUUUGCUGACCCUUACCCACAGAGCACAGGUGAAACGCUUCACCCAAGACCUCCUUAAGUUGCUCAAGUUUCAAGCCAGCAAGCAAGUAGUGAUUAAAGAAUUCAUGCAGGCGUAUCACUGGUGCUUCUCCAGAGACUGGAAGGUGACUGAUUACGGCGUUUGUGACCUGAUGGACCUGCUGACGGAGAUCCCAGACACCACCAUCACCAUCACACAGCAGCUCACAGACACCGUCAUCUCUGUUCCUAAAAGAGAGCGCACAGUGGAGGAAGUGGAGCACACCAAGCAGUUUGGGAAGGAGGUGGUGGACCUCCUCCGCCAUCAGCCUCACUGUCGAAUGCCCUUCAGUAAGUUCAUACCCUCCUACCAUCACCACUUUGGUCGUCAGUGCAAACUCAGCUACUACGGAUUCACCAAGCUGGUGGAGCUCUUCGAGGCCAUCCCUGACAUUCUGAUGGUACUGGAAUGCGGCGAGGAGAAAGUUCUGACUCUGACUGAGGUGGAGCGCGUCAAAGCUCUGGCGGCCCAGCUCGUCAAGCUGCUGCGUUCCCAGAAGAAURUCAGUCUUCCCGUCAGCCAGCUGCUGGUGGAGUACAGCAGGACCUUCGGCUACGGKCUGCGCCUGCAGGACUACGACGCUGCCUCCCUGCCUGCCCUCCUGACCAAACUCUGCCACGUUGUCAAGGUGGUGGACGGCUUGGAGGGCUGGGAAGUCCAGCUGAUCAACAGGAAGUCUCUGCGGCUGCUGACCUCCCAGCUGCUGGCUCUGCUCAUGUCCCAGGAGGACCAGCAAGUGGCCGAGGGCAUGAAGGUGGAGGAGCUGAGUCGYCUCUACCAGACUGUUCACGGUGCCUCGUUAAAUCCAUGUGAAUACGGGUUUCUCUCACUGAGCGAGUUGCUCAAGAGCCUUCCUUUCCUCGUGGAGCUGUACCGUGAGGAGCGUGAUGAUGCUGCCAGUGGUCCCGGGACUGAAUGGGUGAGGCUAACCAGGCUUUACCGGUUUGCCCGUAACAUCCGCGCUCUGCUCCACACCUACCACUACAACCAGAUCUUCCUGACGGAGUUCCAGGGGGCUUACAGCAAAUUCACCGGCUGCAGCCUUGAACCGCGCUCUUACGGAUACAUCAGCACUGACGAGCUGCUCAGUGCCAUUCCACAGGUGGUCUGGAUCAAAGGACACGGUCAUAAAAGGAUUAUUGUUCUGAAGAACGAUAUGAAAGCAAAGACAGCGUCUUCAGUCCCCAGCAGCCCCCGAGCAGGAGACGAUGCUGAAAGUCCACRAGACAGUCCCAUCAGCAGCACACCUGGAACACAGAGUCCAGGUGGUGAUGCGGCUGCAGAAUCCGAGCUGCUGUUUUUACCUCCAUGUUUGGACCUGCUGUGCGGUCCUGUACCGUCCUGCCUCCCAUCACCUCAGCUCCACCCGGACCCUGUCAUCCUUCAGCAGAUGGACCUGAUCAACUUCGAAAGAACUCCUCCACCGGAUCUACCUGCAGAGAGUGAAUCUGUAGACGACUCCUCCGAUCAACCCGAGCGGCCCAGUACCACAGACGGCUCUGGGACUCCUCCACCCUCCGACACAAAGAGCCUUUUGUCCGUGAGCAGCCCCGGCAGGAGAUCCAGCCGCAGCAAAAUCAAACUAGCUGCUAACUUCUCCUUCACAGCAGGCCUCUGAUCCCUCUAACACACACACACACACUUACACUCAUCCAGCAACUCUGAAUCAAAGAGUUAAACAGCCACUGCACACAGAAAUAACCCCUCAGGUGACAUUUGUGUUUCAUUUCUAUUCUUUUUUUUUUCUUAGUUUAAAAUACUCCACUGAUGCUCACAAAGCUGUGAUCUACUUCUUGCAGAUUUUCUGCAGCCUUUGUUUAACAAAUUGUGUCCACUYAGAUCAGUUUUUUAAGAAUGCGCCCUCAGUUUCGAGCCGCCGUCGUGUUGAAGGUUGAGUCCGAGUUAGUUGUCACUGUGCGGAGAAGUUUCAGUUUGUACAACUGACAGAGCAGAUUUCUGUCAGUGAACGAAACCAUCCAARUUGCCCUCACCUCAAACACAGAAGCUUUCAUUUAGAACAUAAUUUGAACCUUUUUAAGAGCUUUUUCUUGGUUAUUUAUUACAGACGUGAUGAGCGAUCCAGCUGAUAAUCUCCUGCUUGUUUGAUUCUUUCCGAUUUUAAACUAGAACAAGGUCUGUGUCGUCUCUGUGAUGAAGAAAAAAAAURAUAUUUUUAGUUCCUUCUAUAAGGAUUCAGUACAGGUUUGGCCUAAAUUUAUUGCUAAAUGAGUAGAAACAGGUGUUAAUAGUCCGACGUCUUCAUUAAAUGGUUAGCUUCCAGAACAGUUUGAAGAUUUUCCUAGACCAGAGGCUAUUCCAUUUUUAUUAUCAAAUGAACUUAACAGUUUGAGGAGGGGCAGCUCCUGAGGGUCUGUUUUUUUUUUUUUUAUCAGAGUUUCAGACUGGAGGGGGAUGGGUCUGAGGACCAACCAGGAGGUUUGGGGAAGCCUCUUGCAGGGAUUGAUGCACACGGGGCCCCUCUGCAGCUCCCUGGAACCUGCCGGGCUUUUACAAUGGCUUGUAUUUGCCCCGGUGCUGAAACAAAGGGCUGUCUUUCCUCCGUACCCUCUCACGUGGAUUAGUUAUUUUGUUUUUAAACUUAGAGAUGUGCGUUAGCGUCAGUGUUCUGUGUUAAAUCAGCUGCUGAAACGCCAUCAGAUAUCUGCUGCUUGUGAAGUCAGACACGUCUCGGGUGUCGCAGACGUCGAAGGCUUCUGUUUGUGUUUCGAUAAAAAGCAUUUAGAGAAUGGGCAGCAGCYCAUUUAAUCGGUUACAUUUGCAUUUCCUUGAAGAUUUAGUCUGUUUUGAAGUAUUCAGUAUUCUGAGGUGAGUUUGUCAGACUGGAUUUGGUGUGAACAGGUUCCACCGGCCAUCCCGCAGAAAGGUUUUUAUGAACGGGUGUUUUAUCCACUGUCAGGAAACCACUUAAUAAUUAAACUGAUUUAAAUUCGGCCACGUGAAGGCGUUAUGUUUUUGUGAUUUCAACCAAAGUUCUCAGAGCUACAGUGGCAACUAACUCCCCUUACUGAGUUCUCAUGUUGGUUAGAUCAGUGAGAAGCUUCUGUAUCUGUUGAAAUAUGCACUGAUGCAUAGUUUUUAGUUCAUGAAGUGCAACAAAGUGUUUGUCUCCUUCAGUUCUGCAGCAGAGUUUAAGGAACUUUGUUGAGUUUUCCCUUAAAGUUGUGGCUUUUUGUUCACCUGCUCAACAACCAUCUUCACCUGCUUUCCUUCCUUCCUGCACCAGGAGUGGAUGUAGGAAACAUUGAAACAAAUAAUAAAUUUCACAAGCAUC